AAAAAAAAUAAAUAAAUCUCAAACUCCAUCAUCUUCAGUUUCUUUUCCAUUCUCCACACCAUGUCCAUGGCCAUCACUAUCUAUCGUCUCCCUCCCUCCAUCCCCUCCUGAGAUAGUGUUUGUAUGCAAAAAAGCUAGGUGCGUAGUUUGAUCCCCCUCUCAUUCUCAUGGAUGAAAUGUACGGGCUCUACGGCGGCGGCGGCGAGGAGUACUCGGAGAGGGCGCUGAUGUCCCCGGAUAACCUGGUGCUGCCGUCGGAGUACCAGGCCUGGCUGUGCUCGGCCGGGUUUAGGGAUAAUCGAAUCCCCAUGUACGGGUUCGGGUCGGAGGAGUUCGUGUCGUCGGCGUCGGGCAUGUCCGAGACCGCCUCGGUCACACCCGACCAAGAGGAUGCGGCGGAGACGGCGAUCAAGUCCAAGAUUAAGUCCCACCCUUCGUACCCUCGCUUGCUCCACGCCUACCUCGAUUGCCAGAAGGUGGGAGCACCACCGGAAGUGGCGGGGUUGUUGGACGAAAUCCGGCAAGAGAACGGCGUGUGCAAGCGAGACGCCGCCGUUUCCACGUGCCUUGGUGCCGAUCCUGAGCUCGACGAGUUCAUGGAGACGUACAUCGAAAUAUUGGUGAAGUACAAAGCCGACCUCGCGAGGCCUUUCGACGAAGCCACCACCUUCCUCAACGCCAUCGAGAUGCAGCUCACCAAUCUCUCCACUUCCACGCGCACCGUUUCUGCAAAUGAAGGUGAUGCCUCAUCGGAUGAGGACUUCAGCGGCGGGGAAGUGGAGGCACCUGAGACUCAACUAAGGGACGAAGACAGAGAUCUCAAGGACAGACUCUUGCGCAAGUUUGGGAGUCAUAUUAGCACGUUGAAGCUGGAAUUCUCAAAAAAGAAGAAGAAAGGGAAGUUACCAAAGGAGGCAAGGCAAACACUGCUCGAGUGGUGGAACGUCCACAAUAAGUGGCCUUACCCGACGGAAGCCGACAAGAUUGCGCUGGCCAAAACCACUGGCCUCGACCAGAAGCAAAUAAACAAUUGGUUCAUAAAUCAGAGGAAGCGUCAUUGGAAACCCUCGGAGAACAUGCAAUUCGCUCUCAUGGACAAUUCUCCCGGGCAAUAUUAUGCGACUGAUUGAGGUGAACUGAAUGUCGUGCUUGCUACGACAUUAGGUGAUCACUUGCUGCUGCGCUCAUGUUGUUUCUUUGUGUACAUCGCAUCCUUUGCAACUCUUUAAUUCCCCUAAAAAAGGGGGAAGCCAUUGUGAUUUUACAUGCUGUGUAAUUGAACUCAUGCAAGAAUGGUUAACAAAAUGUCUCUUAUGACUUAAAAAUGUGUGAUCUUUAGCCACGCUUAGCAACUA